AUGUCUUCCCCAAAGCCUUUUAUCCUUCCCAAGCUGCCGAAAGAAUUACGCGAUGAAAUCUAUGCGCAUCUGAAAAGCGACGAUGUGAAGAAUCUACGCGCAACAUGCUCGGCAAUGGCAAAGCUUAUCCCUUUGAGCUUUGACCGCGUUUUCAUCUCAGCCAACUCUCUCAAUCUCAAAGUAUUCCGAGCAAUUGCAGAUGAUGAGAUUAUCCGCCACCAAGUCACUGAGAUUGUAUGGGAUGACGCACGCUUGACCACAAAACCAGACCUAGAGGAAGAUCGAGAUGAGUAUGAAGAAGACGACGUCGACCCAGAUGAUAUCGUAACCGAUAAUGGGUGUCCCCAUUGGUUUAGAAAGUGGCGCUCUGAUUAUAUAGAUCCAGGCUCUCGUCAUCUUCCUGAUUAUCUUAUGUCUAUUGAAGAGUCCUGGGCCUAUUAUAAACUACUACUCGAAGAUCAGCGCCAGGUUCUUGCAUCGGAUGCGGAUAUUGAGGCUUUCAAGUAUGGCUUGCAGCAAUUGCCCUCGCUCAAGCGCAUAACUAUUACACCUUCGACGCAUGGGAGAAUACGAAACCCGCUCUAUAGGACACCUAUGAUCAGAGCGUUUCCUCGCGGUUUUGAUUACCCUAUGCCGACAGCAUGGCCUGGGUUUACUGAAGAGCUGUCGGAGCGACUCGAUGUGCUCCCGUGGGUGGCAAAGAAUGACAGACCCUAUCAGGAGGUGUAUGGUCCUGAUUGUACUGCUGAGGCCUACAGGGCUAAAUGGCGUGGCUAUCGGGUAGUGGCUCGAACCCUGGCGGAGCAUGACGAUCACCAUAUCACCGAACUUCAUAUCGGGGGCAAUGAGGUUGGAAGCGGACUGAACUGUCGCAUCUUUGAUAAACGCUGCGUUGAGUAUGACGAUCUGGUAACCUUGCUAAAGCGUCCUGGCUUCCGUUACCUUAACCUUGACCUUUUCACGGGCCUCCUCGAAUGCAAGGACUGGAAGUCAUACAAGAGCGGACUUUUGCACGAUGCUUUGGCUCAAGCUAAAGAUCUCGAGCAUAUGUGCUUGCGCAGUACUAUGGAGAUUAACGGUGGAUCAAGUGAACAGCUUGAUUGGGAAAAGAUCGAGAGAUAUGUCUUCCCACUUCGGACUGUCUUUCCAAUUGAUCAGUGGCCACGGCUCCGCCAUUUCGGAAUCUCUCAAAUGUUUGUACAGAUCGAUGACUUUAUGGAGCUUCUUUCCGCUUUACCACGAACUUUACGAUCCGUCGAGUUGAGUAACUUGGCAUGGGGAAGUUUGACUCAUCGAACCAGAGAGUUGCUGCAUAGUAUGCGUGAUGUCCUUGACUGGCGGUCAAGGCCUGUCGAAGAAAGACCCAUGAUACACAUGAUCGCUCCUGGGUCAGCACAGGGCGAAGGAGAUAAGGACGGAUGGGAGCUGCGCUCUACGCUGCGCAUAUCAAUCAUGUCUUACAGAGCUCUCGUCGCUGGCAUCCCAUUGGCUCGAUCGCUCAUUCAUGUGAGCCUUCGCCAAAGCUUCAAGCGCACCCAAUACAACCAGUCCACGUUUCGCUAUUCCUCAACAACUGCGUCCGCCUUUCGUUCAAACAUCCAAGGGCCAGCGCGGCCUAACAUUGUUCCUGAGAAGAAAGUUACAACGCCGCAAACGCUGACCGAGAAGAUCCUUCAACGUUAUUCCGUCGAUCUUCCAAAGGGAAAGGUUGUCCGAAGUGGUGACUACGUCCAGAUUCAACCUCACAGAUGCCUAACGCACGAUAAUACCUGGCCUGUGGCCAUGAGAUUCAUGUCCACGGGUGCCACCAAGAUCAAGGAUCCUACUCAGCUCGUCUUUGCGCUCGAUCAUGAUAUACAGAACAAGAGUCCCAGCAAUCUGAAGAAAUAUCACCAGAUACAAGAGUUUGCCAAGAAGCAUGAUGUCAAGUUUUAUGGCGCAGGUCAUGGGAUUGGCCACCAAAUCAUGGCAAGCUCCUCUGCGUCAGAUUCGUACCAAGUUGAAGAACUUUUUGUUUGGCCAGGAAGCUUGUGCGUUGGAUCUGACAGCCACAGUAACAUGUACGGAGCUCUGGGAAGCUUGGGAGUGGCCUUGGUCAGGACCGACGCGGCUGGCAUAUUUGCUACUGGGAAGAGUUGGUUCCAGUGUCCCCCAGUCGUCCAAGUGAAUCUUCUAGGCACACUACCCCCAGGCGUUCGCGGGAAAGAUGUCAUUAUUGCGCUUUGUGGGCUCUUCCCACAGGAUGUGCUCAACCACAGCGUUGAAUUUAUUGGAUCCGAAGAAACCAUAGCUAGUAUCCCUAUGGACGACAGACUGACAAUCAGUAACAUGUCGACUGAAUGGUCUGCAACAUCCGCAAUGUUUCCGAUAGAUGCGACUCUAGAACGCUGGCUCCGAUACAAGGCUACAGAGGCAGCAAUGCUAGUUGAUCAAACAACUCAACAACGAAUUACCCACGAAAUGGUUGAUGAACUCUUUGCCAACCCUCCCCGAGCUGAUCCUGGAGCCCACUAUGCAAAGAAACUCUACCUCAACCUCUCUACUCUCUCGCCUUAUAUCUCUGGACCUAACUCGGUUAAAAUCUCAACACCACUGCAUGACCUCGCUGCAAAAAACAUCAAGGUAGAUAAGGGGUAUAUUGUAAGCUGUACUAACUCACGAAGCUCAGAUCUGAAGGCCGCAGCUGAGGUGUUCCAAGCUGCCGCCGAGUCAAACGGUGGUAGGAUUCCUAAAAUUGCAGACGGUGUUAAGCUAUAUAUUGCAGCAGCUUCGGCCAGAGAGCAGGCUAUAGCUGAGGAUGAGGGCAGCUGGCAGACCUUGAUUGAGGCUGGAGCUACCGGCACGGGUCUACUCGAGGAUGGCGAGACUGGAGUCUCGGCAUCAAAUCGCAACUUCAAGGGCCGACUCGGGUCAAGACUUGCUCAUGCGUACCUUAGUAGCCCAGAGGUUGUAGCUGCGAGUGUCCUCAACGGCGUUCUCUCAGGUCCUGGCGUUUACGAAGUGCCGGAGAAUUACACUGGCGUAGAGUACGGUUACGGUACCGGAAAACCUGCAACUAUCGAAAACGGACUCGGCACUGCCCUCGAGCAGCUCGAGUCUCUCAUCGACAGGGUUCAGACUACUAUCCCUACAGGCGAUGAUGCUCCUCAAGUAGCCACGAACAUCCUCCCAGGCUUCCCAAGCAGGAUAAGCGGUGAAAUUGUCUUUGCUGAUGCUGAUAAUCUGGAUACUGAUAACAUAUAUGCUGGUAAAUUCACUUAUCAGGACGAUAUGACGAGAGAAGACAUGGCAAAAGUCUGCUUGGAGAAUUAUGACCCUGAGUUCAGAUCAAUCGCAAAGCCUAACGAUAUCUUCGUCUCGGGGUUCAAUUUUGGGUGUGGCUCAUCUCGAGAGCAAGCCGCAACAGCUCUUCUGGCUAGGGAUAUCCCACUUGUUGUGGCGGGCAGCUUCUCCAACAUUUUUGUCCGGAACGGCAUUAAUAAUGCACUGCCUUGUCUAGAAUUGCCACGUUUGGUGGAGCGUCUUCGUACUGUCUUUUCAGAAAACAAGACGCCUACCCGGCGUACAGGCUGGACCCUGACUUGGGAUAUUGCCAAGAGCACUGUUGAGAUACAGGAGGGAGACAAUGGGGAACGCUGGGAGGAGAAAGUAGGAGAGUUUCCUGAAAAUCUACAGGAGAUUAUAGCAAAGGGGGGGUUGGUAGGAUGGGUUAAGCAUGAGCUUGCAAAGGCUGCUUGA